AUGGGUCCCAAUAUGAAAAACCUAAAGAAGCGCAAGGUUGUUGCCGAGCCCAGAGUUGAAGAGAUCAACUUCGACUCGGAAAGUCGCCAGGAAUGGUUGACUGGAUUUCACAAGCGCAAAGUCCAGCGUGCGAAGCAAGCAGCUGAGCAUGCCGCGAAACAAUACAAGGAAGACAAGAAGGCCACCAGGAAGAAGAUUCGCGAGGAACGCAAAAAGGAUUUCGAGCAAGCGAUGGAGGAGCAUUCGAAAGUACUCCAACGCAUGAAAGAAGAUGCCGGUGAUAUUAGCGACAAGGAAGAGAGCGACGACGCUUGGGAAGGAAUCGAAGAACCCCCGGCCGUGGACUACGAGGCCGAAUAUAUCGACGAAGACAAAUACACUACAGUAACAGUCGAGGAGAUGGAUGCAUCGCGCGAGGGGUUGCUCAAGUCCGCACAUGAAGCCGACACCGACAACGAAGAAGAACAGGAGAAGCCAGUCGAGACCAAAGAGGCCGAGACCAAAACUGCCAAGAAGAGGAAGCCUCGAAGUGCUGCCUCAGAGGCAGCGAGGAAGAAGAAGAGGAAUUUCCGCUACGAGAGCAAGGAGGUGCGCAGAGAAACCAUGCGAAAGCAGCGCAACGUGAAAUCCAAAAAGGCGAAGGCACGGAAAGAGAAGGAUGCUUGA